AUGGCACCGGAUAUAGGGUCCUGUGGAUGGCCGAUAUGGCACGUCGACGACUUCACCCUGUGCUUUCAGUUCGACUACCUCAAGAUUCUCUUGCCUACAAUUAUAAUUGGCCUAUCACUAGUACAUCUUAUAAUUCAGAACAUUUCGCGCAAGGUUAGGAGGAAACGCGAGAGCAAAUACGACCCUUUGGAUCAGCACCUCGACCAUACCGAGAUUCCGCCAGAAGAAGACGAAGAAUCCAACACCGACGAUGACGAUAUUCUUUCUAUCGCACAAAACGGCGGCGGCCACCUGGCUCUGGUGCGGACCACUACUAAGGGUUCCAUCGUCCAAGCCGACAGCCCUCCUGGUCAACAGCUCUUGGUCGUGGUUGAGGAGCUCGCGAUUGUUGGCUUGAUCGCCAUCAACAUUGUAGCUCUCGUGGCGCACAACUCUGGUAGUCGGAGCGUGCUGGCUGCCACUGUGGGCAUCAUUACCUGGACCUAUGUCCUCAUUCUCGCGACAUUACGGCUCUUUCUUGGAAACACGAAAUGGAGGGUGCCGCAUAUCUGGAACCACACAGCUACUAUCUAUGCUUUCCAGUGGCUGUUUGUUCUGGUGCCCUUCCGUUCUGUUCUCAUUCACCCUACCUCGAGAUUGGCCCAAAUCCUCACCAUUGUCGACUUUGCCCUGACAAGUCUGUUGUUUGGCAUGGCCAUGACCACUAGAAAGGGAAACAAAACCGUUCUGCUGGAAUGGGAAGGGGAUAUCGAGCCAUCACGCGAGCCACUGGCUUCGUUGUUUUCACUAAUGACCUUUGGAUGGGUUGACAGUAUUUUGUGGAAGGGUUACAAGGAGACCUACGAGAUUGGCAUGGUUUGGAAUUUGCUGCCGAAAGAUAAGGCAGCCGCCGUGCUCACGGAAUAUCGACAAAUCAAGAAGACCACCAGCUUGGCCUGGCACCUGGGCAAGUUCUUCAAGGGUCCACUCAUCCUGCAAUGCCUCUGGGCCCUGGUCGCAGGUGUCUUGACCUUUGCCCCAACGCUUUUGUUGAAAGCCAUCUUGGAAUUCGUUGAGCAUCCCACCGAUGCCCCGAGAAGCGUUCUCUGGCUAUACGUUAUCCUCCUACCAGUGUCCGAUCUCAUUCGCUCGGUAGCAGAUAACCAGGGAUUGUGGAUUGGCCGCAAGAUGUGCAUUAGAAUGCGCGCCAUUGUCAUCGGCGAGAUUUACGCAAAGGCCCUUCGCCGAAAAGCUGCAUCUGGUGUAGAUUCUACCCUUGCGAAAACCAAGAAGGACGAAGUCACAGAGACAAAGGUUGACAAGGUGAAGAGAUGGAUGAGUCUCCGGAAGAAGGAUGCCCAAAAGGCAGCCAACGCCAUCCCGACCAAGGCGGACACGGCCGACACUGCCAAGGCUCCCGAUGAGCAAGCCAACCUGGGAACCAUUAUCAACCUGAUGUCAGUGGACAGCUUCAAGAUUGGCGAAGUGACUUCUUACCUGCACUUCUUGGCCGCACAUGCUCCCUCUCAGCUUAUCGUUGCAAUUGCCCUUUUGUGGCAAAUCAUGGGGCUUAGUGCUAUUCCCGGAUUGGUUGUCAUGGUCAUUCUUCUACCCGUCAACAUUCUGCUCGCCAGAGGCUUCAGUUAUACACAGAAGAAGAUCAUGGCCGCAACCGACAAGCGCAUCGCAACGACAAACGAGGUCCUCCAGAACAUCCGUAUCAUCAAAUACUUUGCUUGGGAACAGCGUUUCAGCCAGAUCGUCGACGAGAAGAGAGACGCUGAGCUGAAAGCGCUGAGAAAACGGUACAUGGUGUGGGCAACUGCUGUUGCUAUCUGGAACACUGUGCCUAUCCUUAUUACAUUCUUUUCUUUCUUGGUCUACACCAAGAUCGAGAAGAAGCCGCUGUAUCCUUCUGUUGCAUUCACUGCCAUCUCCCUGUUUAUGCUUCUUCGUGUCCCUCUCGAUCAGCUCGGUGACAUGAUUGCACACGUGCAAGAAGCCAAGGUCUCGAUCGACCGUGUCGAAGAGUUUCUCCAAGAGGAAGAGACGGACAAGUACAAGCAACUCGGCCCGGACAAUUUGGACGACACUGGAAAUCAUGUCAUUGGCUUCCGUGACGCCACAUUCAUCUGGGGCGGUAAGGACACCAUCGCCGAUGAUGGCUCCAUGGCUUUCCGUUUGAUGGAUCUCGACUGCGAUUUCAAGAUUGGCAAACUCAACGUCAUCGCUGGACCUACAGGUUCUGGUAAAACAUCCUUACUGAUGGCUCUCCUGGGAGAGAUGACUCUGGUGAAGGGUGAUGUCUACCUUCCUGGCGGCCGCAGCCGCGAGGAUGUCCGUGUGGAUCCUGAGACUGGACUUGCAGAGACGUGCGCAUAUGUCGCUCAGAGUGCUUGGUUGGUCAACGCAAACAUCAAGGAAAACAUCUUGUUCUCUGCACCCUACGAUGCUCGGCGUUACCGGAAUGUGAUUAUCGCAUGCGCUCUCGAGCGUGACCUUGAGAUUCUGGACAAUGGAGAUGAGACACUGGUUGGAGAGAAGGGCAUAACACUAUCUGGCGGCCAGAAACAGCGAAUCUCCCUUGCCCGUGCCGUCUACUCCAACUCAAGACACAUUCUACUCGACGAUUGUCUCAGUGCUGUUGACUCUCAUACUGCACAAUGGAUUUUUGAGAACUGCAUCCAGGGUCCCUUGAUGAGAGACAGAACUUGUAUCCUUGUCACCCAUAACGUUACCCUGUGCGCUCCAUCCUCCGAAUACGUUGUUGUCAUGGACAAUGGCCGAGUGUCUGCCCAGGGCACUGCAACCGAGGUUAUCGCCACUGGCGCGCUUGGUGAGGAGUUGCAGAACAAAUCGCGGCCCGGAUCCGUCGUUCACGUUUCAACAAUCCCAUCUCGUGUUCCCUCUAGUGUGGGUGAAGAAAGCGAUGAGACCUUGGUCGAUAACGGUGGCAGUGAUACUCUCACAGGUGCAUCCAAAGACAAGAAGGAGAAGAAAAAGGUCGACGCUAUGGAAGAAACAAAAGCAACCGGUGCUGUCAAGUGGUCUGUCCUCAAAUUGUAUCUCAAUGCUAUGGGCAAGUGGUGGUUCUGGGUCCUCACAGUUUUUGUCUUCACGGGCCAGCAGCUAUCAAGCGUGGCAUCGAACCUGUGGAUCAAGGAAUGGGCAAACCAGUACGCAACUGAGGAGCAGGCCGUCUCAAGCAUUCAAUUCGGCGCUUCGUCUCUGACGCCUCUGAGCUCGUCCUUUACUCCAAAGAACUUUGCAUCAGUAGCCACCUACAUCAAGGACCAGCGAUUCCUCAGCCCCGCGCAGUACUCUGCCAGCAGCGCCCCUCCCGAUGUCAACGUCAACUAUUACCUCUACAUGCUUGCAUUUAUCGGUAUUAUUGGUGCCGCUUUUGCCUUAGCCAGGGACCUGUGGCUCUUCCUGGGCUCGCUCACGGCGUCUCGGAAAAUUCACAGCAAGUUGAUGGCGUCGGUUGCACGAGCAAAGUUCAAGUUCUUUGAUGUCACGCCCCUUGGUCAAUUAAUGAACCGUUUCAGCAAGGACCUGGAAGCCAUCGAUCAAGAAGUUGCCCCGGUAGCCAUUGGAGUUAUGAGUUGCGCCUUGGCUAUCACGGUCACCGUCGCGCUGAUUGGUACUAUUACCCCUGGAUUCUUGGUUGCCGCUGCCUUUAUAACUGUUCUGUACGUUGGCGUGGGUGUUUUCUACUUGCGUGCAUCGCGAGAUCUGAAGAGACUGGAUUCUGUCUACCGAAGUCCGCUUUUCCAGCAGUUUGGCGAAACUCUCUCUGGAGUCACCACAAUCCGUGCUUACGGUGACGAGCGCCGCUUCAUUCGCGAGAACCUGUUAAAGAUCAAUACGCAAGCGCGCCCAUUCAUUUAUCUGUGGGCGGCUAACAGAUGGCUCGCAUUCCGAACUGAUUGUCUCGGUAACUUGGUCGCCUUUUUCGCCGGUGUCUUUGUGGUUCUCAGCGUUGGGAAUCUUGAUGCAGGUUCAGCUGGUAUUUCACUCAGUUAUGCAAUCAGCUUUUCAGACAACAUUCUUUGGCUCAUUCGUUUAUACGCCAUGAAUGAGCAGAACAUGAACUCGGUGGAACGUGUCAAGGAGUAUCUUGAUGUUGAGCAGGAAGCUGAGCCCAUCAAUGAGAAGAACCGACCGCCUCCGAAUUGGCCAGCACAAGGUUCUGUGGAAUUCAUUGGUUACACAACAAGGUAUAGGGAGGAUCUCGAUCCCGUCCUUCGUGAUUUGACCUUCAAGAUUCAACCAUACGAAAAGGUUGGCAUUGUUGGCCGCACAGGCGCUGGCAAGAGUUCCCUGGCUCUUGCUCUUUUCCGGGCACUAGAGGCAGAGAAGGGCAAGAUUCUCAUUGAUGACCUAGAUGUCGGCCAGAUUGGUCUCAAGGAUCUCCGCGAGGCCAUUACAAUCGUGCCCCAAGAUCCAACCCUCUUCACUGGCACAAUUCGAACAAACCUUGACCCAUUUGACUUGUACACGAAUGAAGAGAUCUUUACGGCCCUUCGACGCGUACAGCUCAUUGGCCCCGAUGAGGAUCCUGCAACACCGGUUACACUGACGGCGAGCCGGCAGACCCUUCGAAGCAUAUCUGACGACGAAGAUCGACCCAGCGGCGCCUCAACUCCCACGGCAACGAACAAGAAUAUCUUCCUUGACCUAUCGUCGCCUGUCGCCGAAUCUGGUUCGAAUCUCUCUCAAGGACAGCGACAACUCCUUUGUCUCGCCCGUGCCAUGUUGAAACAGCCAAAGGUUUUAAUCAUGGAUGAGGCAACAGCCUCCAUUGAUUACACCACCGAUUCCAAGAUUCAGGGCACCAUCCGUGAGCUCAAGGGUACGACAAUCACCAUUGCCCACCGUUUGGCCACAAUUGUCGAUUACGACAAAGUGCUAGUCCUGGAUCACGGCUCACUUGUGGAGUACGGCCAUCCCUGGGAGCUUCUGAAGAAGUCGGAUGGAAGCUUCAAGUCCAUGUGCGAAACGAGCGGCGACUUGGAAAGUCUGACAAAGGCUGCCAAGAAGGCAUAUGAGGCGAAGAGGCUUGUCGAUGAUGAGUAG